GGUGCCCAGGGGGUCAGUGUCCCACCGAGGUGACUGGAAGUCAGGCUCACUCCAACUCUACCUCAGUGACCGAGAAGCAGAACGAGCGCGUGACACCAUGGGCCACCACUUGGGCUUCAUCCUGCUGCUUUUUGUACCCCACAUCCUUGGAGGGCUGGUGAGACCGGACCCUGCCGUUCAGGUGCAGGAGAACUUCGACCUGGACAAGUUUCUGGGCAGGUGGUACUCCAUCGCCAUAGCCAGCACUUUCUCCUGGCGCUCGUCUCAGACGAGGGAGCUGUUGAUGGACACCAUCAGGCUGAGUCGCGCUGCAGCGGAGGACGGCGUCACGAUGACUUGGACGACCCAGAGAAGUGGCCAGUGCAUCCAGACGACAUCGGACCUGGGCCAAAGAGAAAGGCCGGGUCACUGGAUCUACCGCUGCCAGCGCUCUCACGGAUCGGAAACGGACGCCUAUGUGGUGCACACGAACUACGUGGAAUACGCCGUCAUACUGCUGCUGAAGGAGCACAAGGGCGCGAUGACCAGGACGGCCAUUCUGUACGGUCGGGAGCAGGAACUUCGGCCCAGUCUCAUGUCUGAUUUCAAACAAUUUGCAAAGGAGCAGGGGGUCGCAGAGGAGUCCAUAAUCCUCCUCCCCAAAAGCGAUGAGUGUGUGCCAGGAGAGACCCGGCCGAUGCGCAGGCAGGUGAGGCGGAGGAGGAACACGGAGCCAGCGGAGGAGCCUCAGGGAUCAGGUGACACCAUGGAAUUUUUCCAAAAUGAAGACUCUUGCAAGCUCCCCCAAGACCACGGGCCCUGCUACGGCAACGAGAUCAGGUACUUCUACAACUCGAGCCUCAUGCUGUGCCAGCGGUUCACUUAUGGCGGCUGCCUUGGGAACAGCAACAGAUUCCUGAGCGAGAAGAACUGCUUGCAGAGAUGCCGGACGGAAGCUGCCUGCAGACUGCCCAUCGAGACUGGCACAUGCAACUCCCCCACCAACUUGUGGGCCUUCGAUUCCCAGAAGGGCAAAUGCAUUUCCUUCAAAUACAGCGGCUGCAAGGGCAACGGCAACAAAUUCUACAGCCAGAAGGAAUGCGAGGAGUUCUGUGGGAUCCAGAAGGAAGGGGAAGAAGGUUUGCUGAACUUUUCCAGCUAGCAAAUGAAAUCAGAAGGAAGUCGGCUGGCCUGGAGCUACAGGGUGGGCACUGCCACCUGGGGAUUUGGAGAUCAUUCUUUAAAUGUCAAUUAACUGUUUGUAAUUUAAGUUGGAUGAUGAUUGAACCAUAACCUUGGACGUGUGACCAUGGAGAACCUGAAAUAAAAAACUAUCCCUAGA